AUGGGUCGCAAGGCCGAGGUGCAGAGGAUGAUGCUCGAGAAGCUCAUGGGCCCCGAGGCGAUGGGAACACCAACGGCCAACUUGCACUUCACCGACCCCAAGGUUUGCCGCAACUUUCUCUGCGGCACCUGUCCACACGACCUCUUUGCCAACACGAAAGUGGACCUUGGCGCGUGUCCAAAGGCGCAUACGCCCAAAUACAAGGACGAAUACCGCAAGGCGUUGGCUGCGGGACAGCGCUUCCCCGAAUUCGAGCGAGAGCACGAGCACAACAUCAUGGCGUUCAUCAACGAUAUUGACCGCAAGAUCAACACGAACAAGCGGCGGCUGGAGCAGACGCCCGAGGAGCUCGCGCGGUUCGCCAACAUGAAUCGCGAGAUCGCCGAGAUCGAGACGGCGCUGGCGGCGGUGAUGGCCGAGGUGGAGGCGCUGGGAGAGCAGGGCCAGAUCGAGGAGUCGCUCGCCGAGCUUGCCAAGGCGGAUGCGCUCAAGGAGGAGAAGGUGCAGAAGGAGGAGGAGCUGCACAAGGCGCAGGAGAACUCGGGUGCCAGUGGACACCAGAAGCUGCGCGUCUGCGACGUGUGCGGAGCCUACCUGAGUAUCCUGGACUCGGAUCGCCGAUUGGCCGACCACUUCGGUGGCAAGAUGCACCUGGGCUACCUGCGCCUCCGGGAGAUGAUCAGCGAGUUUGACGAGAGGAGACGCCAUCCAAAUCCGCCGCCCAUGGGCAUGCCUGCGGCGCCGCCAGCAACUUCAACGUCAAACGGACACGCGACAUUACCACAUUCGGCGUCGUCGGCAGCAGCAGCAGGGUCGGCACAUCGCAAUGGCGCGAAUGCAGGCGACCGCGAGCGCGAACGCGACUUUGAGCGCGAGCGCGAACGCCGCGACCGAGAACGCAAGGAGAGCCGCGAACAGCGCACGGCGAGCCAAGCCGACGAGUCGGCGAAGCGAGGCGGCGAAGAAGGAGAGCUGGGCGAGGAGGAGGGCGAGAUGGUCGAGGAUGCUCCCACAAGAGCGCAGCCCAAGGACGAAGAUCGCAAGCGCAGUCGUUCGCCCUCGCAAAGCUCCACUUUGCAGCCGGCUCCAAAUUUCGAGAAGCUUGCGAGGGUCGACUCUGGACCCUGCCAAACUUCGCUCGUUGACCACCAUCCCUAUCGCCUUCGUCGCCGCUGGGGUGAUCUGACACAACCUGCAAGGGGAAUGUCGUACUUUCUGCCGCAUCUGCCCACGGGCUGGCACGUGGACCAGGCGAUCCUGUCCGAAGAAGACCGUGUGGUGAUCAUCCGCUUCGGGCGCGACACCGACCCGGUGUGCAUGGAGAUGGACGAGACGCUGUACAAGAUCUCGACGGCGGUGCAGAAGUUUGCGGUGAUCUAUCUGGUGGAUACGACGCAGGUGCCCGACUUUAACAAGAUGUACGAGCUCUACGACGCAUGCUCCGUCAUGUUCUUCUAUCGCAACAAGCACAUCAUGAUCGACCUCGGCACGGGUAACAACAACAAGAUUAAUUGGGCGAUUACGGAGCGACAGGAGUUGAUCGAUAUCGUCGAGGUGGUGUAUCGAGGCGCCAGCAAGGGUCGAGGUCUGGUCAUCAGUCCCAAAGACAGCAAUACUAGAAGCACUCAAGCUCCGGUGCAAGAACAUUUGCUUGGUCUUGAACAUGUAUACCCUCCAAGCUUGCACUUCCAAGCUCGCACCUCCAAGCAAGUGGUUCGACAACUGUAUUCUAAACCGCCGACAUUGCCCUUGCGAUCCGAUGCAACAAAGCACGAUACCGAAGCAGGCCAGGUUGUGGGUGUCGUGUGGCUGCAGUCUGCCUCGAGGCUGCUGCGUAAGAUCGGGCGAGUAGAGUCCGUGAAGCUCCAGUCGUGCCUCGAUCCAGCGCGUGCAGUUGCGGAUUUUUUGGCGAUUUUGGCGCCGCACGCUCCACGCCUCGAAUGCAUGACUGAAAGCCAAAAGUCGGCUCUGGCAAAGAAGCAUGAGCGUGGCGUCGCAGCCAAAAGGUCGAUAUCUCGGGCGCCAAAACUCAAAGCUUGCUGGCGGCCGUCGCAAACCCCACGUCCAUCCUCAUCGCCACCGUCUAGCACCGCCCGAACGAGUCAGCCCCAUCCCUCACGAGCAUUCGCCUACCUCAAGCACCAUCCGUCUCGCACUAUUGCCUCCACUUCCACUAGCACACGCUCAGGCGACGCAACGAUGGUCAAGGUCAAGCUGAGGGUGCCGCUCUCGUCGGCGCCGCGCGAGACGUCGUCGCCACUCGCCAAUCCGCUGCGCAGUGCACCCGACUACUCGGACGACGAAGACAACGACAUCAGCCCGCGCCCCGGUACCAAUGGUCAAGAUGACGAAGGCGGCGAAGAUGACGACGACCGGUUGGAUGAGGAUGACGACGAAGAGGAUCAGGAGGCGGACGAGCUCGACGAGCAGGACGAACUCGAGGAAGAAGAGGGCGACGACUCGAGGGCGCCGUCUGCAUCCACGCCCAAGCGUCGCAGCAUCACCAUCAAGUCGCGCUCAUCGCGAGGCGGCGCAUCCUCAUCCGCCUCUCCCUCCAUGGAAGGCUCGGCGAGCCCGCACUCGGGUUCGAGCAAGAUGGUCAAGCGCACCAGCCUGGCGCGCAUGGCGCACGUUCAGGCCAUGACGGUCGAGGAGCUCGAUGCGCUGCCCGCCGCCAAGCGACGCAAGACCGCCAAGGCUCGCGGCGCUGCCGGUCCCGGCCGCGGCUGGCGCAAGGGCCUCACCAAAGGUCAGAAACCCGUGUACGAGCUUCCACCUGCAGAAAAGACGCCAGCCACCUUUGGCAACACGGCCAAUGCGCGCCCCAGCGUGCCCAAGGCCGAAACACCCACGCCGUCGAGCUUUGUGACCAAAUCCAAGCCGGCCUCCACCCUCGCUGCGUCCGCAGAGGCCAACAGGGCAGCAGCCAGCUCGUCGGCACCCACGGCUCGCGCGAGCGCAGCGGCAGGCCCGGCAGCCGCCACCUCGAUCAAGAUCGUCGCAGGACCGGGCGGGCAUACGUUCACAGGUGAUCUGAGCGCCAAAGCGGGUACGGCCAAGAAUCCGGGCUUCAGGUAUCCGCCUCUGCCGUCCUCACGCGCCGGCCCGCCCGUUCAGCCACUGGCGAGGAUCCCGACGUCGUUCCAGUCGGUCAUCCCACUCGAACGCAACGGUCGCCAGCCACGUCGCUGGAUCAAGGGCAAGCGCGAAAUUCUCAGCAUGGGCGGCAGACCGUGGAGCAUCCCCGUCCUGUAUGGCGGAGACGAUCGCGGAUACGAAAAGAAGAUCGAUGCAGGAACGGGGGCGACUACAGCUGCUGGUGCGGUUGCAGGCGCAGCAGGCGGGGAGAAGAUCGCUAGCAAAGCGGGAACACCGGCAGCAGCGGCAAAAGCUAAUUCGCCAACACCCACACCUGUACAGACACCUACACCCGCGACAAGCGUCAAGCCAUCGGGACCCGAGGGAGCAAGGACGGGAUCGUCGCCUCUGCCGCCACCCAAGCAUCUGGGCGGCCUCAGCGCUGUGCAGGCAGAGACGAACUGGCGCGGUCAGUCGCCGGCGUUCCUCUUUGGCGGACGAUGA